AUGGCUAAUGAUAUUCUAUAUCAUGAAGUAUCCAACAUCAUUGCAAGCGUGCUGGCAAAAGAGCAGAGUCUUCGUAGGGCCGUUUACAGUAGCAGCUACAAGGUAAGAUUUGCUCAUCUAUUCAUCCUCUUCCGAGGUCCAAUAAUGCAUAACACACAAGCGUCCUCGAAUGCUGCUGAUGACGAAAAAUGCAGUGAGCCGAAAUGUAAUCCAUUUGGCACGCGGUAUUUGACUGAUGAGACUCGUGUGUGGGACUACAAUGCAUGGGAUAACGUGGAAUGGAGUGAUGAAAUGAGCAAGAACGCUGCUCGUAUCGUUGAAGCUCAGAAACAGGAAGCUGUUGACGGCUCGAAGGCAGAAAAGCUGAUCAGCAAGCCUGAAAAGCAAUGGGAUGCGUUUUAUUCACAUCACAGCAACAAUUUCUUCAAGGAUCGUCGAUGGCUGCUGAAGGAGUUUCCAGAGUUGGACAUGAACAACUACCCAGAGGGAUCCACUGUACGAGUUCUCGAGGUCGGCUGCGGUGUGGGCAAUACUUCGUUUCCAUUGCUGGAGUGGGACACACAUCACAAAAUGUCCCUUUAUAGCUGUGACUAUUCUACUGUAGCGGUAAAGGUGUUGAAAGAGCAUGAAAAAUACGAUGGAUCUAGGAUAUCAGGAUUUGUCUGGGAUAUCACAAAAGAUGCACCAGAAGCUGCUCCGGCAAAAGAAUCCUUGGAUUUCGUUGUCUGUAUAUACGUGUUGUCCGCGAUACAUCCAUCAGUGGCUCGACAAGCGAUCGAUAAUCUUGUGAGCCUUCUCAAGCCAGGAGGAAUGCUGCUGCUCAAAGAUUACGGUCGAUUCGAUCUUACACAACUUCGAUUCAAGAAAUGUCGAUACAUUGAUGAGAAUCUGUAUUGUAGAGGCGAUGGUACUUUAGUGUACUUUUUCAGUAAUGACGAAUUGGAUUUGCUUCUUCGGUCAGCAGGACUCGUUAAAAGAGCAAAUUUUGUUGAUAGACGGUUGAUUGUUAAUAGAGCGAAACAUGUGAAGAUGUAUAGACAGUGGUUGCAGAACAAGAAGGCAUUACUGCGGUUGAGUUGCGAAACUCUGCGAUUUCGAACCCUAUUGGCUGACAUUUUGUGCGACCCUGUCGUUGGCCGAAUCACUUCUGAUCCUGAACUGAAUGGAAAUGUUAACUUGGCGUAUGUUCUGCUUUACGAAUUCUUAGCUGGAGCUGGUUUGGGAAGAGUGAGUUUUUUCUUAGUUCUCUGUAGUAGGUAA